AUGGUUGCCCAGCCGACUGAGGACAGGAAGUCCAUCGAAUCCAAAGUCGACGUUCAAUUCGUCGAAGAGCAGUCGGCAUCUGCCUUGACUACUGAGCAAAUUCUACAGCAAUACCCACUGUUGAAGGACAAGCCAGCAAAGGAAAGAGAUUCUAUAAACAAGAAGUUGUUGAGGAAGCUCGACUUCUUUUUCCUCCCAUGCGUCACGCUCAUGUUGAUUAUGUGUUUUCUCGAUCGGAUCAACGUAAGCAACGCACGGCUUGCCGGUAUGCAGAAAGACCUUCACAUGACGGAUACACAGUGGUCAGCUGGCAUCAGUAUGUUCUAUGUUGGCCACUUAAUCUCGCAGCUCCCUGGAAAUGUCAUACUUGCACGCGGAAACCCAAGAAUUCUUCUCCCUGUUUGCAUGCUCUGUUGGUCGGCUGUUACAAUAUCAAUGACCGCUCUCAGCAGCCCUUGGAGCUUCAUAUUUUGCCGCUUCCUGGUCGGUUUCUUUGAAGGCCCCUUCACACCCGCAGUGUCAUUAAUGACGUCUUCCUGGUAUACCAAGAAUGAGAGUCCCCUGCGCAUGGCCAUCUGGCACGCUGGUAACAUCGUGUCCAACGUCGUGUCUGGUCUCCUCGCUGCCGCUAUCUUGACGAAAAUGCAUAACAUUGGCUCACUUUCUGCGUGGCAGUGGUUCAUUCUAAUCGAAGGCAUCGCUAGCAUUAUAAUCGCGGUUUCAGCAUUCUGGUUCCUCCCAAAGUGGCCACACAACACAGGCACGUACUAUUUGACAGCUGAAGAGUCCGCAAUGGCGCAGUUUCGUAUGCAAGUAUCCAACGGGGGGAUAUCAGAAGACGACGAGGGAGGCCGAUGGGCUGGUAUUGUUAUGGCGGCCAAGGAUCCAUUUACUUGGUUGUUCACCGUCCUCCACUUCUUCGUCAUCAUGGCGCAAUCCUUCAAAGACUUCUUCCCUUCCAUCAUGGCCACCUUUGGAUUUGGCACAACGGAAACAUAUUUGCUACAAGCUCCACCCUAUAUUGUAGCUUUCAUAAGCUGCUGUGCUGUUUCGUGGUCUAGCGGAAGGGUCUUGGAAUACUUCUGGCACAUGGCCGCGGCUAUGCUGGUAGGGCUUGCUGGCACGGUUGUCAUGAUCUCUACCCUGCAGCAGGCAGCGAGAUACUUCAGUCUCUUCCUUCUUUGCAGUGGCCCCUUCAUUGCUCUGAACCUGCAGCUCUCAUGGGAGACGGCUGUUGUUCCUAGGCCUCGCACCAAGAGAGCGGCACUGGUUGCUAUUGCCAAUAGUCUAAGCAACGUAACCCAUUGGUUUACCCCUUAUUUCUUCUUGACAAAUCAAGAGCCUCGUUAUGAGACCGGAGGUGGCUCCAUCAUCGCUGCGUGUGGCGCUUCUGUCAUUGUGUUGAUUAUUAUUCGGUGGUAUAUUGCCAAGAAGAACAAGCAGCUGAUCAAGAGGCAGGAGGAAACUGGCGAAACUAACACCUGGAGGUACGUUACCUAG